AUGAUCCAGGAGGUUUUCGGCUCCAUCUGCCUCGUAUGGUACAUGGUCAUAGUCACAGUAGCGACGCUAGGGUUUCUCAGCAUUCGGAGUAAUUUCGCUGUUCCGCUGGCUCCAAAACAGACACCCUACGAUGUAGAACCAGUGACGAUCAUUCGUCCUAUAAAAGGUGUUGAUCCAGAACUUACGACCUGCUUGGAACUGUCUUUUCUACAAAAAUACCCUGUCGAGCGUCUACAGAUCUUGUUUUGUGUGGCUGACAGAAACGAUCCUGCCAUUCCCAUUCUCCAACAACUUGUUCAGAAGUAUCCACACAUUGACGCGCAGAUCUUGAUUUCGGAACCUGACACAGACCAUUACGGACCAAACCCGAAGGUGAACAAUUUGGCCAAGGGCUUCCUCGCUGCUAAGUAUGAUCUUCUAUGGAUAAUGGAUCUGAACGUGUGGGCUCUGGCUGAUAUACUCUUGAGCUCGGUUCAAACCAUGAACGAGAAUUUGAAUUGUAACGAGCCAGUCAAAGAUGGCGGUCGGCGGGUGAAACUAGUCCACCAUGUCCCACUUGCAUUGUCUCUUGAUGAUCUGCGAUACGGGAAAGGUAGUCUACUAGACGAGAUGUUUCUCUUCACCUCCCAUCUGAAGUUUUACGUUAGUUUGAAUAACGCUUCCAUUGCUCCGUGUGUCAACGGAAAAUCGAACAUGUAUAGAAAGUCUGAUCUUGAUUAUGCGGUGUCCCAAAUCCCCGUGAAAAAGUCGCCGUUCUUCCUGGAGAGCUCUGUCGUAGACGAUGCUGCUAGAAUCUCCUUCAAGGGCCCCGGACACUCCAUUGAGUUUUUUGCGAAGUAUAUCGGAGAGGAUAACAUGAUAGCCAUCGCGCUUUGGGAAUAUUGCUAUGGCCGGACGGCUCUUACGGGUGACGUCGUAAUCCAGCCUCUCGAGGCACAGGACCAGCAAAACUCAGUUUUUGAGUACUGUAAUAGAAGAGUCAGAUGGCUUCGUGUCCGGAAAUACAUGGUUCUCGCAGCCACGCUAGUUGAGCCGACUACAGAGUCAAUCAUAUGUGGACUAAUGGGAACGUUUGGCAUGUGUACCACUUUUUGGGGUACCACGUUUAGCAUGAAAUUGUUUCUAUUGCACUUGACUUGUUGGCUCAUUGCUGACUAUGACCAAUACUACAGAUGGAUUGAGAAUAUAAACCGCACUGGCUGCAAACCGCACUGGUUGCAAAACAUAGCUCCAAACGAAAGGUCCAAAUCGAAAUGGCUCCAGAUAUGGCUCAUGCGAGAAAUUUUUGCCCUUCCGAUUUGGGUGGCUGCAAUGUGCGGUCAUACUAUCAAUUGGAGAGGAAAGCCUUUCAUGAUUAAAAAAGAUCUUUCCGCAAGUGAGCUUUAA